ACUGGUGUGGGGGAAAACAAAACCCAGCAGCGGAAAGAAAUGUUCGAUUUGGAAAGAUUAACAACUGACACGAACUAACCUUUACUAGGGACUGAUGUCCCGGAGGCGGUUGGAGAGCCGCGGGCUGGCGGCGGGGCUACUGGGGGACGUUCAGACCGCCAUCCUGACGGAGCCACUGGACAGUUUGUACCACAUCACCGGAGAACUGGGCAGGGGGAAGUUUGCAGUUGUAAAGAAAUGUGUGGAGAAGACUACGGGUAAAGUGUUUGCCGCAAAGUUUGUACGGAAGCGGCGGCGGGGUCGUGACUGCAGGGCUGAGGUGAUCCAUGAGAUGGCAGUGCUGGAGGUGUCCAGGAAUAACCCCCGUAUGAUCAACCUACAUGCAGCUUACGAGACCGAGCACGACAUUGUACUGCUGCUGGAAUAUGCGGCAGGUGGCGAGAUAUUUGACCACUGUAUAUCCGAUGAACUGCUGUCCGAGUUUCAGAUCAUCCGUCUAAUCCGACAGACUCUAGAAGGCAUCCACCUUUUGCACCAGAGUAGUGUUGUUCACCUUGACCUUAAGCCUCAGAACAUUUUGCUGACCAGUUUAAGUCCUUUGGGAGACAUUAAGAUUGUGGAUUUUGGACUGGCACGCAAGCUGGGAUCAGCUGGAGAGCUGCGAGAGAUCUUGGGUACACCUGAGUACGUAGCUCCAGAGAUCCUGAACUAUGAGCCCAUCACCACAGCCUCAGAUCUCUGGAGUGUUGGUGUAAUCACCUACAUGCUCAUAACUGGAGAGUCUCCCUUUGCUGGCGAGGACAAGCAGCAGACCUUCCUGAACGUCUCUCAGGUGAACGUGGACUACAGCAAAGAAGCCUUCUCCAGAGUGUCUGAGCUGGCUGUGCAUUUCAUCAGAAAAUUACUGGUCAAGGCACCAGAAGACCGUCCCAGUGCUGCAGACUGCCUGAGCCACCCCUGGCUGUGGCAGCAGUGUCCAGGCUCUGAACCUGUUCCCCCCAGCCCACGGACCCCCCGAGAGAGGAGUGGUGGCAGCAAGUGGGCUGCCCCACAUGAGGACGCAGAGGACAAGGAGAACAUCCUGGACUCAUCGCCGCAUGCCAAAAGGUUCCGCUUCGAGGAGGACGUGCAAGCUGCAAGAGAAGGAACCACUGAACAGUUUUAAAGUGGAAAGUGCAAAAAUACACACAUUCCUUAACUGAUUCUUUUUUCUUUUAUCCACCUGUGUAUUCAAUCUGGCACCACCAGCAACUUGCUUCUCUCCUCUUAAAUCUUAAUAUAAAUCUUCUGGCCACACCAAAGAUAAUUUGUUGGCGAUACAACAGAUUUCUAAAUCACUGGGUUAUAUUCAUCUCAAUAUUUGUGCAGCUCCUUUUCUGUUUGAUCUGUGAUUUUUAUAUGUUUUAAUGUCUUCUAGUAUCUGCUUUUUUCUGUGGGAAAAUUAUUUAUUUGAGGAUUAUUCCAAUAAGGUGCCUGUAGUGUGUUUUAAAGUAAAAGAAAAAGAUGAUUGGCCAGUAUUAGGCAAUGUUUUAAUGGUGCACAUAAAAAAGGGACCAGAAAUGUCAGGUUUCUUCCAGUUUUUCAGACUGAGCAUUCUGGAUCACUGUAUGCUGGAAAUCAGGGGAAGCUAUAAUCAUGCUUUUAGAAAUAAACAGGCCAUUGUAUUAGAUUGCUCCUUGUACUAGCAGUAUUUUCUGCAAACAAAACUGCCUUCCUGUGGCUCAGCGCUCAGUUUAUGUGUGAAUUUGUGUAUUUCUGCCCUUAGGAACACAACAUAAGCAGGCUUUAUGGUGUGACUCAAAUUAAGUCACACGCUGCACCCCAGAGUGUUCAGAUGCAUUUUCACAGUCGUCACUUCCUCUUAGUCACUAGUGACUAUGAAGAAAUGCCUUAAAGCACUUAAUCCCUUGUCAUUUGCUUGCCUUCCCCUUUGUCUGUGCUCAUUUAUUUGUAGCUCUUACAUAACACCAAGAGCAGUCUUUCAACUUCUGAACUUGUGUUACUUCUUUAACUCCAUCUCUAUAGAGCACAGCAGUUUGAUUAAGCAAACAGGAGAUAGGGAAUGCCAUAGGGCAAACAACUAGUCAUGAAAUUAUAGCUCUGUGCACUUGGCUGGUGUACAUCAGGGUUUUUUGACUUCUCGGACAACUUCUUUACGCACAGUGUCUCAGGGUUAGCUCUAUAGCUGCACAGCUCAUUGAUGCAGGUUUCUCGUGCCUCUGUUUUGCUUCAUACAUUUGCACUAUAUCCUCCAAAAUAAGUGAGUUUGCUGAAUUUGGAUUGACAUGCACGGUGAAUUUGAUUGUGCUUGGCAACAUACAGAUCUUUUCAUAGUCUCAGUAUUUGAGCAGCUCCUUUUCUACACUAUUGAAAAAGAUGGUUUUUCAAAGGGUCUAAAUAGAAUCAGUGUCUUUACCAAAAAAAACAUAUUCAUGCUUAAAGGGCUCUUUGCAUUGGGAAAUUGUUCUUCAAAUUAAUGAAGAAUGUGUUGUAUAUGGUUCUAUGUUGAAUGUUUUUUUUUUAAAGGGUUCUGUGGUUAACAGUAGAAGAACCCUUUUUAGUGCAGUAUAGCAGCAUAUACACCAUGUUCUGAAUAUUCAGUCUGUAAAAAACAUUUAAUGAUUCAUAUGGUUCUUUGAGUGUUCAUGGUUCUAUAUAGAACUAUUGACCUUCCUAAAGAACUGUCUUUUAUAAAAAAGGGCAGGGGUGAAAUCCAAUGUUCAUGGUUCCAUUCUUUUGAUUGAAAUUAUUGUUAUGGUAUGUUGAAGUUCUGAAUAGUGAUGAACAGAGACAUGUGGGACAGUGAUGGAUAUUUGUAAGAUAUUGGCUGCUGGUACUGGUGCAAAGUUGGAAAUGAUAAGCUGAUGUUAUGAAAGUGAAGGGAGGUUCACUUGUGAACUUAAAGUUUUAUGUUAAUGUUCUUGCAUGCUAAUGUGAGUUCUUGAACAUUUAUCUGUGUAGUCUAGGUUGACCUGUUGAAUUUUGGAUUUGGAAGGUCAGCACAGUUUAGUCAGUUUAGCUCAAAAACUAGAACCUGGUCAGCUUUGGAGUUUAAUCAGAUGUGUUUGAGCAGACAAAUCUCUAAACUGCUGGACUGACUUUCUAGGUCCAAAAUUGGAUUCCCUGACCUUGUCGAUGGUGCUACCAGCCAAUUUGGUUUAUACUUGGUGAUGCUGUUUGACAGAAAUGAAUCUGGUUUGAGUGUCACGUGUCAGAAUGUAGUAUCCCAAGGCUAAAGAAAUGAAAGUGAUAUGAAUGUGAAGUUUCUGGAAGUGAUGAACAUCACGAAAGAUCUCAUUUCAUCUUUUAUCAGCAUGGUGCUGUUGAAGUGGAAGUGUUUUAAACUGGAAAUGUUAGUAAUUCAGGCUUUGAGGUUGAGCCCCUUUGCUGUAUUUGCUCUGUUGGUGUAAGAAGGUUUGAAGAAGGCAUUUGUGUUUGUUUGCUGUUGGUUUUCCUUGAGAUGUCACCAGCCUGCAUGCCGAAAAGGGCCAUUGUGUCCAAGACAGGCAUCUCCUGUCACGAUGCAGUCACUGCAUGUGGUCAUCUUAUAAAGGCCAAACUGAGAAAGCACCUCAGCUUUGUUUUGUUGAAACUGGAACUCAGCUAGUCUGUGUCUUUUGUUAGAGGCAUGCCACCGUAUAUUGAGAUGUAUGUUUAUUUUGAGAUUUGAUAACUUUUUAUAUCUAUGUUGGAAUUAAAAUAUUUAAUUGGUUUGUAAAUUCAUUUUUGUAUCUAGAUUAAAUGGGUUUAAAAUAUAUUUUAAUUCAGCUGGAUAUAGGUGUUCUGUAUUGUUUUAUUGUGCCAUAGGGAAAGAAUUGAUAUAACAGACAUACGGGUUUUAGAUUGCCAUCGCAGUUGCACCAAAUUCUGUGAUUGAUCAUUCUUCAAAUAAACAUGAUCAAAUCCUU